CAGGGUGGCAGUUGAAGAAUGCGGAAGCAUUCGGUGCGGCGGGCGAGAAACAAAGAGGAAACUGGGGCGAGUUAGCGAGGGCCUCCUUCUCUAUCUUUUGAUUCUUCUGGCGAAUGGUCUGAGAGAGCGGUAGACGAGGAAGACGUCUUCUCCUCAUUCCCACCCUCCUCCACCCUCCGCCGCCUCCGCUUUCGCUUCCGCCUCCGCCACCGCUCGCAAUGGAGUCCCCCAAGCAGCACCGCGAUUCAUCCCCCGAUACUGCUCCCCGCCGUUCGCAUCCCCCCAGAUCUCCAACCGCAGGGGAUGAGGAGAAGCAAACCCACAUAAGAAUUCUUGUAUCUAACACAGCAGCUGGUUGUAUCAUUGGCAAGGGAACAUCAGAUAGAAUACUAUUGAUUUCUGGGGCACUUGGAGAUGUAAUAAAGGCUAUGGAAUUGGUCCAGGAAAAAUUGCUUAGCGAGUUGGAAGAUGGCAAUGAUGCUGAAGGUAGAUCAAAAGUCAGGCUUAUUGUUCCUAAUAGCUCAUGUGGUGCUCUAAUUGGAAAAGGAGGUUCAACUAUAAAGUCAUUUAUAGAAGAAUCAAGGGCUGGUAUCAAGAUAUCUCCUCAGGAUAAUAAUGCCGGCCUAAAUGAUAGGCUAGUUACUUUGACGGGAUCUUUUGAAGAACAAAUGCGUGCAAUCUUUUUGAUAUUGUCAAGAUUAAUAGAAGAUGCUCACUAUCCACAGACAUUGAACUCACCUUACCAAUAUUCAGGUGUAUCUGAUUCUAUCCGAGCGAUGAGUCGAUGGGCACUGGGGUAUGGCGCUCUCCGUUGUCUUCUACUGGUGAUGUGGAUCUCCGACGAACCUGCAAAGAAGCUGAGCUGGGAAGGGAUUCCCGGCGAUGACCCUCCGACGUUCAAGUCAGGAAGUGGAGAAGAGAGACAGAGUAACGCUACUGUAGCUAUAGUGAUAAAAAUCGCAUACCUCCGAUGA